AGUUUGCUCAGAGUCACUGUCGGGGACGGGUCCAUGCGCGUCCUUGCUCCGGUGCUCGUGUUUUCGACAGCAGGCACAACUCAGUUGCAGCAGUAUUUUGGCUUGGCAUCAGAGUGACAGCAGGCAAAUAUCAGUUAGCGAAACCUAAUUGAACCGCGUUGUGGAUUAAAAGCGUACGUACGUACAUGCGUCUGUAUGUACACUCAUAAAUCGUUCGAACUGUUUAAACCUAACGCAGCGCCAGAAGCAUUAACAACAGAAAAGCAUUUACAGCUACCCAUUUCUGCCAGAUAAAGCAAUCCAGGGUGAAAAAAGGAUUAAAUAAUCGAUAGCGUUAAAAAGAGAGGAGGUAGAAGAAAAACCUUUAACGACGUACGCCAGCGUCCAGCUACAGUGAGACGAAAGUGUGUUCUAUAAAGCUAAGCUAAUUUUAAUUUCCGUUUCUUCUAAAAGAAAAUUAUGUGCGAUCGUGGCGGUUAGUGUGGUGUGCGCAGGCAUGAAAGAAUGAAAACCAGAGCAGAGAAUCAGUGUGCGGAAAAUAGUGGAAAAAUUGGAAGUGAAAGAAAAUUAUAAAAAGUGAGAGUGUGUUUGGGCAAAUGGUGGUGCAGAGAGUGUGUGAAGGAAGGCAAGCGAAAAAAGAAAGUAAAAAGUAUCUAAGUAAUUUGUGUGCCCAGUUUUUAAAGUAUGCAAAAAGUGUACAGAAAGUAAGAGGGAAAAGCUGAAGCGAGCUGAAGGAAAACAAAACCGCGAAAAGAGGGGGAAAAAAUGCAAGCAAGCAUAAGUUCCUCCCGGUGCGUAACGCAGUUUUAAGUUUUUUUGUUGUUCGCCCUUUCCCGCAAGUUAUUUCGUGUUGCGAGUGUGUGGAAUCAGAGCAGAUGACGAUGUCAUUCUAGUACGAGCUAAAGGGAGGAAAAAAGAGGGCUGCCCCAAGUUCACCAAAUUCCUGCGUCGGCGAACCCCCACAGUAUCAGUGGAGUAGUAGCUUCGUAUCGAUUGGGAUCCUGUGUAGCAGAACGUGGCAAAAAGUGCAUGAGAAAGUGAGGUCGGUGAAGGCUGCACUGGCGAGAGGAAAGCUUCUCUUUCUCUCUCCAGCUUGCAGCAUAGGAAAAGCGGCAGCGAGUGGCCGCCACCCACCACCACCCAACUCCUCCCGGGGAAUGGGUUGUGCUGCUCCUUCCCAAGAAGCUUCCAGCGUGCGUGCCCGGGAAAGGAAGAGAAAAUUAAUCUAAAUUCUCGCGGCGAAGAAAAGUUCUUACCGCCAGCAGGAAGCAAGGGCCAGUAUCGGCAACGUCAAACCGGCCAAAGGCAUGGAUUACGAGGUGUUGCUAUUGCUGUUGCUAGCAUAAGGAAAAGCGAGAGCUCCUGAACGCCAGAGGAGGAGUUUACCAGCGCCCCACACAGGGACGAGAGGAGGAGGGACGGCUUAUUUUCCUCAUCCAGACUUUCCCGACGUUCCCGAGUGUCAAAAAAGUAAGCGGUAUCGGUCGGAGCGUUAGACAAUUUGACUCAUCCACCGCCCAAACACAGCGAGACAACGAUGGUGUCGACGUCUGGCGGCUAGUAGCGGCAAUCAUGCAUCAGCAGCAGCAGGGGCAGCACCAAGCUCAACGACGACGAGGCGAUCGAGGAAGGGGAGGGUGCGUGCAGGAUGGAUGUCGCGUACAGUGCUGCUAGCUCGAAUACUGCACCGAUAGCCGUUUAGCCACAGCAAUUUUGUCGAACCCCCCCCCCCCCCAAUGCAGCAUUAUUCGGCAGGUGGGAGCCACAGAUCGCAGGAGAAUCGACGCAGCCGUAGACGACGCGGACGCAAAAAGGAGCAGACAGGAUCGCGCUUCGUACGAUCGCGGCAGAUCAGCUGAACCACGUUCGAGCAUGGCACCCCACACACAGACGGCCGGUGGUGUAGGGGGCAUUACGAUUAAGCAACCAUUUCAACGGCGCCAGUGGCCGUACAACACUGUCAACACGGGCGGUACCGGUGGAGCAGCGACGAACGUUGUGUCCACCAGCACGACUAAUCCCGCCACUAUUGCCGGCACUACGACAGCCGCCGGCAACAGUAAUAGUUUAAGUAGUAAUAGUAAUCAUAGCACCGCCGGAACUAAUGGCAGCGCUACCGGUCCUGCCCAGACGGCAGCAGCAGCAGCAGCAGCAGCAGGUGCGACAGCGUCAGAUCAGCAACAACCGAACGCCACUACCAUCACUGCCUUUGCGACGACGACGCCAUCACAAACGGGCAGCAGCUUCUCCGCCACCAGCACCGCUACUACCAACAACACUGCCACGGCGGCAGCCGCCGUUGCCCUGCUCCGAGUCGCUUCGGGCGGCGCAUCGAGCGGACUGGCCGUGAGUCCUUCGAACAAACUGAAGCGCCUGCAGCCAACGGCGUCGGCGUCAGCGACGGCAGCAUCGACAGCCGCCACCGCGCCCCAGCCACAACCACCUACCACCACCGGUGUUCAAACAGACGGAACUGGAAAAAGCAAUAGUAGCAACAGCAAUACGGGCGGCAAUCACGUCGCCGCCUCUGCCAAACGUGCCCGCCCGAGUCAGGAUGGGGCCAAGAUUGUGUGUAAGUCGGUCGGUACCAAUACGAACGGGCCACCGGCCCUGGUUGCCGUGAACAGCGUCAGCACCACCGGCACGCAGAAAAAGCUGACUCAAAUGGCCAUCGUGGCAGCUAGCUCGGCGUUAAACACCGGCAACCCAAACAACCUCGCGACGAUGGUGGUAAAGUCGGCCGGAGCUGGUGUACCCUUGCCAACGACGACGACUGCGUCCACCACCACUGCCACGAUGCUGACCGCCGCACUGCCGACGGAGCUGGCCAAAGCGAACAAAAUCACCGGGUACUUCAAGUCCCAGCUGAAAACGCCAAACACGUUCAACAGUCUGAAGAAAAGCAUCAAAACUGUCGCUGGGCGUGCGUCAGCGCUGCAUCAACAGAAGCGGAAGCUGCUCGGUGACGGCACGUCCGAUGGCUACCCGGAACUCACGAAUGCCACAAAAUCACCCGAUAACGGGUUGCUGACUACCGGAAUCGGCAGUGUCCCGAAUCCUGCCCCUCUCUCGGAGGCUGACGUGGAGAAGUAUUUGAAGAUGUAUCAGCAGCAAGCGUUGGCUAAAAUGAUCCCGAACGGAUCAUCCUCGUCGUCGUCGUCGACGGCGACGACGACGGCCUUGGAAGCGGUUGCAGUAGCCACGUUGGCUGCAUCCGAGGCAGCCGUAACUGCUGCCACUAGCAGCUCCUCCGGUAUCUCCGUAGCUUCUUCCUCCAGCACAAUCAACAGCAGCAGCAACAGCAACAGCGGCUCUGUCUUGUCGAAGAAGGUAGAGCGCAAAACGGCACGAAUAGCUCCGACCGUGUCCGCGACACGCAAGAUAAGCCAUACGGUGCAGGGUGGCAUCGGGGUAGGAGGCAGCGGUGGUCCAGCCGGACAGACGAAGAAACCGAUCAACAUUGCACCGCGUACGACGACCGUCAGCAGCACGACCGCAGUUUACCAGCACACCAUCGUGGCGGCUCCGGUAGGCGGUCCGGUGGUCAGCAGCAACAAUACCACUGCCAGUGUGCACCAUCAUCAAGCGACAACCACAACCACCACCACGCAAAAGACUGAGCAGCACCCCAUGAUGAUGGGCAAACAAGCACAACCAUCACCACCGGUACUUCUCACUGCCAUACGGCUACCAGGCCCGGCGACUCAACAGCAGUCUCUUCCUAACGUUACCGCUUCUCAGCCGCAACCGGCCACCACAGUCACGCAGGCAUCAGCAGCGGCUGCGGCGGCUGCGGCGGCUGUUGUGCCACAGUUUAAAUCGAUCGUUCCCCAGCAGCAAUGCGCCGCAUCCACUGUUGUCGCCGGUACGACCAAGUCAGUUGUUGGGUCUAAGCUUGGGACGGCGGUCAGUACGGCGGCCGGUACCGCCACCACGAUCGCUCCGACGGCGGCCGUUUUUCAGUUCCACCAUCACCACCAGCUGUCGGGAGGGGGCGCACCCGGCCAGAUACCAAAUCUGGUGCAGAUCUCGAACCUGCUUCCUCUCGCGGCUGCCCAACAGCAAGCCAAACUAACGGGCGGCGCAUCCUUGACACUUGCAACGGCCGCUAGUGCAGCGGCCAUGCAGCAACACCAACAGCAGCAACAACAACAGCAACAGCAACAGCAGCAAGCCUCCUCAGCAGCGGCUGCAGCAGCAUUCGCUUCAGCGCUCGGUUCCGGUACACCGACGGCCACAGCCGCCAACCUGCUAGUCAACGCAAACGGCAUCAACAAUGGUGCGGCUGGGCUGAUUCGUAGCGGUGCAUCGAAUGGCACUACGACGGCAGGCCCCACACCGCAGCUCGUCAUGAACGCCACCUUCAUCAAGAUCCACCAGAUACAGCAGCAGCAAGCGGCGGCAGCCGCCGCUCAGCAAGCCGCCCAACAGCAGCAACAGCUAAUGGCGGCCGCAGCCAGUUCGGUUGCGAAUGCCACCCAACAGCAGCAAAGCUUCACCAUGGAGGCGUCGGCCAUGAACAUGAACUUUAGCGGCAUGUUUGCCUCGAAACCGACGACCACGGUGGUGCCGUACUCGUGUCAACCAGCGUCCGGUCGCCCGACCGCUUACCAGCCCCAAAACGGUGCUCCAACACUGUACCCGGCGACGCUCAACCCGUUCGCCGCCCAGCAGCACCACCCUCAGCAGCAACAGCUGAUCAUGACCCCGACCGGAGGGAUAUUCGUGAACGCAGCCGCCAUUCCGGCAAUGAUCAGCUCGCAGCUGAGUGCAGCAUUCACGCAGGCAACCGCCAACAUUCCCGCACUACAUCCACUGCAGCCGCCCCCGUUGCCACCCUCUUCGCAGGCGGGCAAUACGAGCGGCAACGGUGGCACCACCGGACAGUUACCAAAUAUCACAGCUAUCAUCCAACAGAGCAAUGGCGGGCAGGCUUCCGUGAAUGGCAGCAAUGCUGCUACCUCUCAACAACAGCAACCCCACCACCACCACCACCACCACCAUCACUCGCUGCUGGCAAACAUUUCGCCGGCAAUCCUUUCCAACCUGCAGGUAGCGGCGGCCGCGCUCGCCUCGUCCGGCAACAACGGCACUGGUGUGAGUGCGAACAAGCUUGCCCUCGCACAGGCAACAUCCUCCGCCGCGACUCAGUUUGUGCCGAUCUCGGCUGCAGCACACUACGGCGCAGGAACGACGCUGUAUGCAGCGGCACCCGCUGGCAUGAGCGCAUCGGCCCACGGUAUCGUCACGUCCAUGCAUCACGCGCAACAACAGCAACAGCAAGCAAUCGUCUCGAGCGCGGUGCAAUCGCUCUCGCCGCCACCGCUCGUGGCCACGGUGCCAACGUUCACCACCACCGGCAAACCGAUCAUGAACGCGAUGCUAAACGGCGUCUCGACGGCAGUGUCCACGCCACAGUCUGGGGCACCUUCCGCGACACUGCUAGCGGCGGCCACCAGCACUCCGAAACCGCUGAUCGUCGGUGGCGAACCGCCCGGUUUGGUACCGGUUCAGCUGCCGAAGCAACAGCAGCAAGCCACAUCGGCGGCGACGGCGCUCACGGUACCGCUUCCGAAGCUGGUCCGCUCCUCGGCGCUUGCGGCCCGUAGCAAUGGUUCCACGCAAACGCCCGCCGUCAUUAUACCGCCCAUUGCGCCUACCUCCCCGCCCGCUCUCAAUCCACUAACGCUCGAUUGUGGCAGCAGCAAUGACAGCGGCAUCGUGGCCAACUCGAGCGACAGCGAGGACAAGUCGCUAACGAUCGAUCUCUGCUCACCCGGUUCACCCUCCGACACGUCCUCGGCCAAGAAGGGCGAGGAAGGGGACGAAGACGAGGAAGACGAUCACAUUCACGACGACCAUCAUCAUCAUCAUCAUCAAAGGCGUCAUCAUCUGCAUCAUCUUCGGCACCGUGCGGCGGACAGUGUCAGCGGCAGUAAGGAUGACACACGGACAGCGUCUUCGCGUUCGUCACCGCUCUCUACCUCAUCUUCGGAAGAUUCCGAGGAUCAGCUGAUCGUCGACCAUUCGGUUCCGGCGACGGUGGCCGCCUCCGUGACGGUGUCCCCGUUCCCGCCUCCGCUGCGUCUUCUGUCGGAUGUGGCGGUUGCGGCUGCAGAGGCCGAAGCCGCGCUCAUCAACAGCAGCCAGCACAAUCAGACCGUGGUGGGCCACAAACAUUCGACCAACUCCACCGUGCUGGAGUUGAUUCGGCAAAAGCAUGAGCAACAACAGCAACAGCAGCAGCAGCAGCAGCAGCAGCAGCAGCAGCAGCAGCAACAGGAUGGGGAACGUCAUCCACCGAUGGAGCAGGACGACGAGGAUACCUCGUCCACCGUCAAGCCGGAGGAACAGUCCCAGCAAUCGCCGCAGGAGGCCAUGUCUACCGCGUCGUCUGCUGCGGAUCUGCAGGAAGAUUACAGUGCUGCACCAACUCCUCAAAGCACCAGCUCCUCCGACAGUGCCGCAGCACCGCUUCACCAGCAGCAGCACCAGGAACUGGUGGGACAGGAAGAAGGGGAACCGAAACACCCGGGUCAGCCGUCAAUCGUCGUGUCACGCACCUCCAAUUCUUCUCCCUCUUCCGAUCAGUCCCACCUGUCGCCGCCCAGCAUCGAUACGGAGAUGGUGCUCGCACCGGAAGCGACCUGCGCCAAGAGCCCGAUCCUUUCGCAGCCGAAAACGAUCCGCUUUCCGGCACCGUCCGGUACGGCUCCGCAUCACAACUUUGGUCGCAAGGGUUUCCGCCGGUCGGGCGAUGGCCGGCUGUACGGGGUUUGCUACUGGCGCGAGUGUGAGAGCAAGUUCGACAGCAGCUCGCAGCUGCUCGACCAUCUGCAGCUAGCGCACGUCAACACGCAGAAGGAUCCACCGUACGCGUGUCUGUGGGAUGGCUGCAAGGUACACAACAAGGAGUGCACCAAGUUUAACUGGCUCGAAAAGCACGUCCUGUCGCAUGCCUGCAGCAAACCGCACAAGUGUAUUGUGGCCGGGUGUGGAAUGCGCUUCGCCUCGCAGCCAAUGCUGCUCAAGCACGUCAACAGUCACUUCGCGAACGUGGACAGCAACAGUUCUGGCAAGCGGUCGUCCGAUCCGCCCGUCCCGAAGGUGCUGCGAAAGACGGGCAAAAAACUGCGCUACCGCCGGCAACCGUGGUCAGCCCGUCGCUUUGAUUUCUUCGACUCCGGCGUAAUGGAGGGUUUGCAGCAUCGGUUGAUACGGCUUGGUACGAUCGCGAGCGGACAGGGUGGCGCAAUCACGUUCCGUGGAAUACAGCUUGGCCGUCGGCACGUACCCAGCGAAGGUACGGAAGUGCUCGUUCGAUGGUAUCCCGAAGAAAUCUUGCCGGACGAAUGGCUGCCGGAGCGGCCGGUAGGCGAGAAGUUUGUGAAGCAGGUCAACAUUCAUAGCCUCACGAUCGAGCAGCGGAACGAUCUGUCGGACUAUUUGAAGCACGAUCGGCUUAAUCCAACGGCAGCCGCCAUCGUGAACCCGUUCGCUGCACUGCACGAGCACGAGUUUGAGCCGGCACCCGCCGCCACCAGCGGCAGCAGCUCCAAUCUGAGCAGUAUCAGCAGCAACAGCAGCUGGAGUAACAACAGCUUCCCGAUGCCAACGGCCGUGGCCCCUUUCAACUGUCGCACCGCACCAAAGCAGCAGCGCAAGCGAUCGAAACCCUCUGCCAGCAACAGCAGCAACAGCAGCAGCAGCAGCAGCAGCAGUAGUUCGUCACAAUCAAUUACGUCCACCGGAUUUUCGUCGCUGUUUUCAACCUCGCUAGCAUCACUGUCGGGCGGUACAACAGGUAGCAACAGCAACACUGCCGUCUCAUCCUGUGGUAGCAGCAGCCGCGAAGAAGGAAGCUGCGGUGCAAUGCAACUGUCCUCCUCAUGCUCUUCUUCGACCAUCUCCUUUACCUCCUCGUCGGUUUCCUCUUCCACAACAUCAUCAUCAUCAUUAUCCGGUCAGGCGAAGACAGCAUCAUCCUGACCGUCGUCGUCGACUUCAGCGCAGAUGAAUACGAGGGCGCACGAUCGGAGCCGCAAGUUCCCCGUCCGUGCAUCAAACGAUCGUACUGAGGCGGUGGUACACACAGCACAAUCAGUCAGCAGCGGACAUAACCACCGGUCGUUGCAGGAGGAAGCUGAUCGAAAGCAGCAAGGAACAACAUCUCGCAGCGUUCGAAAUCGUAGCCGUCGUAGCACUAUUGCUGCGGGCAACAAUACAACAACCAAGCGGUAAGCCAGCCGCCAUCUGAACUGUAUUAUAAUUGCCGGGUUGUCCUCUCGAUAGAGGCACCAAUGUUUAAUAAGAGGGGCGGUAAAACGAGGGAGCUCCACUGAACGAUACAAUCCAUAACAAGAGCAAUUGCAACGUAAUAAGUAUAACCACAGAAUCAUAGGAGGCGUACGGUUUAGAGUGAAUUUAACAGCGCCAAACGCUAGCAUAUAGUACGCACGCUAAUGUGGGACUGAGCAGGCAGUACGGUUAAGAAAUUCCCCACCAAACACCACCACCACCCCUUUCCCCACGCGCACGCACAAUUUCGCCAUGGUGGUGUAUGGGACUUCUCUCUGGAAGGUGUGCGUCGUGAAAGGAUUAAUAUGUAGUUAUAAUUUUAACCAAUUUACUCUCUCCGUUUGGGGUAGGGGGUACGCAUUGUGGAUAUACAGAUUUAGUUUAAGAACAGCUAGAUAAUUGUCGUCAACGUCGUUUGUAAUGGUUUUUUUCCCCCCACUAUUUUAGUUUAUUUUGUCUCGAACGAUGGUUUAUACUCUUGGCCGGCGGCGCUCUACAACAGUGUUAGUACAACAGGGAGAGAGGGAAGUAGGGAUGCAUAGAGAGAGAGAGAGAGAGAGGGAGAGCGAGUGCAUAAAACCGACGGUGCACCGAUCAUGCACAAAUCAAACGAUUUUUUUUUUUUCUAAUGCGUUUUGAUUCAAAGUUCGGUGGUAGCCUAGCUAGCAGCAAUACACAACCAGCAUAGCACAAGCGGCGACCGGAGGCGGUGGUGUACAAACCGGAAGGAGGGGCUUUUGAACCGGACCUCUUUUUAUUAUUUCUUUAGAGUGAGGAACUUUUAAACGGUGUAGCCAUGGUGAAAAAGAAAAUCCCGGAAACAAAAUGCAUACUUCAAGCGCCUCGGGAGAGGAUAUGAGUCGUUUAACAAAAUUAUUUCACAAAUCCGUUGAUCUCAAAAAGUAGUACUGUGUGUAGUGUAUAGCGAGAAAGGGGAAGGCGAAAGCCGAAGGGGCGAACAGGCAACGUAACAUUAUGUGCUAGUGAUUUAAUGCCUAGGAUAAGCAACACGCUGUGACCGUACAGCGCGGCGACUCAGCGUCCUGUGUACCCCGCGGAUGAGCAUCGUACUCUCCUCCCGACCCUGUGAGCACUCCUAGAACCGCACCGGCAACCCACAAGAAGGCACACACGACACAGGACAGGGCGCAAAACAUAUAGAGUAAUCUAGCAAUACUUUCAAAAACAAAACAUUGCGAUGGUUAAAGACUGACAAAACGUAUUUUUACUAGCUUGUACAGGUAAAGGACGAACAGGCGAAUGGGGGUGUGUGUGUGUGUGGCGAAGGAAUUGCAAUAAUUGUGCAAGCCCACUUUAUCACUUUUAGCUGCGGGUGUGUGAAGGGUAUCCUGGGAUCCCCCUGGGAUCCCCCCCCCCCCACCCCGCACAUAGGCAGUAACAGCAGCAGGAUCAUGAGGAUAAUCGUUGCCUUUGCAAUAAUGGCCCACCACCAUGACAAACUAUGGAGGACAGAAUGUGAGUGGUGUUGCUGAUAAGAAUGCGAUCGGAAGGCAUUUAACAGGUUUCUUUCGAACAUCGCAAUAGUUAUAGCAGAAACCAACGUUUUUUUUUUUUUGGUUCCCGUUCCUAAACAUCUCUUACGUGGACACACUGUACAACCGUUGUCCGUAUUGUGCUCCUCUGUUUUGCUUAGGCUCAUUCUGACCUCUGAAUCUUGGGUGUCUUUUGAUGCUAAAUUUUUGAUCGAUCAUCGCACUUUCCUUUUUCUGCAGAAUCCUUCGUCUGCUUCCUUCCAAAACUAUUUUGGCUCUAGGGAACAAACCAUGUAACAAUUAAAAAGUAACCAUGUGUUUGCGUGGUAAAUGCGUGGCCUACUAAUUUAACGGCCCCCAGCAUGCAUUUACAGAACAAAAAAAGCUUAAUUCAUUAGCCUCGGUAUGAUAAAUUAUGUGAGGGGGGAAAAACUAGAAGAGAGAGAGAGAGAGAGAGAGAGCAAGUAGGAGAUAAGUGAAGUGCGCAAAGAAAUAUGAUCACUGCCAAAAACUAAUUCACAAACAACAAACAAACUAUAACCGCGCGUGUGUGUGUGUGGGGAGGGGGGGGGGGGGGGGGAGGGUGUAACACAAAAAUACUUGACUGAAUUAUAAAAAGGAAAACCUAAUUAUUAAAACGAAGAAGACAAAGCAACAAACAAAAUUAAAGAAGUGAGUGCUGUGUAUAGUAAACGAAAGGAAUGCAAGGGAAGGGAUCACCGAACAGAGGUCGAAAAACACGACGGGCAAUUGCAUUUAUCGAUAGCAACGACGGUGUGUGUGUGUGUGUGUGUGGAAUGAAUGCAGCUGAAUUUUCCGGAUCCGAUCGACAAAGUCUCGUUGGACAGCAGCAACCCAACCACACACCGACUUAACAUUCCGCCAAAAAUGUGACAACGGGGAGUGAGUUCACCUCAACCGAACGCUCCUACUAAUACGCCAAAAACUGCCAGCUUGAAGAAAACUCGAUUCGAAUGCGUGUGCACAAAACGACGCCUGUCUCGGGCAAUACUGCCACUGCCAUUUUUAAUACUGCUGCCCCCCUCCCCCAGAUACUUAUCCCUUUCGUUCGUUCGUUCGUUAGCCACUUUCGGGGUUACGUUUGCGUGUAUGUGUUUUUGAGCCUGUAAGUCGAAAGCGAUAGGAUAAAGUUAGUCAAGAACAAUUCCUCCCCCCCUUCGGUCGGUUGUUUAGGUUAUACAUUUUAAGGCGAGGCGAUUUGUCAAAGCGAAGGAAGCGAAACUUUACCGGAAAAGCCGUCCAUCGUGCGUGCGUGCGGCUUGUAGUCCUAGGUUUAGCUUAGAGUGGGGGGGGAGGCUAUCUGCUUCCCCCUGAAUGCGUAAUUUCCUGCGAAGGAACUUCCUGCCUAUUAGUUUGAUGUUUGAUGUGAUCCUGGAGAGGUUCUUUUUCGGAACUGGCUGAGCAAAGAAUAUUUCUUUAAAAAUUUACGUUUCGGACUGAUUUUUAUAAAAUAAUUUACCGUUUCGUCCUAGCGCUAGGAUUACGCGUGUCGUGUGCAUGUGCAUGUGUGUGUGUGUGUGUUUGUAUCGUUUUCGUGUCGCUUUUAAUAUCAUUUACGAGCGCGGCGCCAUAUCUCGAAAAAAAGAGUUAGUUUAUCAUGUCCUUUUCCCCUUAACUUGUGUCCUUACUCACCACGAUCGAACGCCUCUGCAGGUUCUUUUUAAUCGAUUCUCAACAGGAGGAGGAGCUUUCUGACUGUUCCGUGCUGGUAACGUCAUGCGAAUGGUACCGAACGAUCAAUCCACCAUGCACGCACACACACACGCACACAUAAGUAAUCAAUUCAAUCACUGCCCUCUUUUAACGGGAUUACCGCCAGGGUUGUAUUCGCUGCUCCCUUUCCCUUUGCCCACCCUGCCCCCCAUGACUGAUUGCGCCGUACCCAAUUCUGUCGACUGGCGCUCGGUUGUGGUUUUUGUAGUGAGAUUUCUUUUAGUUGAUAGUGUUUCAGUUUAGUAAAUUGCUGUGUUUCCUAAUAUAUUUUCGAUUCGGACACUCACAACAUCGGGCGCUCGACUGUUAGUGUGUAGCAUUAAAGCAAAGGGGCGCGUAUUGAUCUUCACGAAGGGGAGGGGUGCGUGUCAUUUCUGUGUCACACCGCUCCCCCCGGCUUAGGAGUAAGUGUAGUUUAGUGUAAAAUAUUUGUCCACCACCAUCGUGCGCGUGUUUUAGUAUAAUUUUUCGUCUUCGCUUACCGCAAUGUGUUUAUUUUUACUCUCUCCCUCCCUCUCUCUCUCUCUGUCGAUCGUACGAUCGUAAGCAUAUUUUAAAGUUUAUUAUUUUUAAUGUAGAAACAGUUGCGUUUAACUGCAAAUAGCGCUAGUGGUUAGCUAACAAACAAACGAGCAGUUGAACGACGAAUGUCUCGAUGCUGUGUCGAACGAACGGCACGGGCUAGCGUUAGGUUUAUACGAGUGUAAGCAAAUGAAUGUCUCCUCCGGGAUGCUUUUUCCCGCGCUAGUGUUAACAACCAACCCAUACCACCUAGUACUACUACUACUACUACUACUGCCCCGACCCUGCCGUAGGUCUUGUUGAUCGCGCGCGCGUUUUAUUUGUAACGAUCAAUACAGGACGGUGGGGAGGAUCACGUGCAGAGAGAGGGAGCACUUAACUUUUUUUUGUUGCGAAAAGAAAAGAAAAGCAAAGCAUCUUGAAUUGAA